GCGGGGAGAGGAGGCAGCCUCCUGCCGGCACUGCCACCUGCCCAUGCAAAUCAGCCCCAGGAGAGCAGCUGGGCCCCUCCCGCUCCUGCCUCCCGGCGAUGCUCCUGGGGAGGCCUUGGGGAAGAUGCCACCUCGGGCGCUGCGCCCUCCUCCUCGGCGUGGCCCUUCUGUUCGACGCCGUGGGCCUGGUCCUUUUGCUCCUGGGCAUCCUUGCCCCUCUCGACUAUUGGGACUUCUUGGUCUAUACGGGGUCCCUGAUCCUGGCUUUCAGCCUUCUCUUCUGGAUCACCUGGUAUUCCCUCAACAUCGAGGUGCCGCUUGAGAAACUGGACUUGUAGUUCGGCUGUGGGCAGAGGAGGAGGGACGCAGGCUUCCUGGGCCGGCAGAGGAGCUGGGGCACGCCGCUGCUCCUGCCCAAAACGCCCCGCUGGGGACCAGCCAGGUCUUUCUGCUGGAGAAACAUCAAAGCAGACCGAUGCCCUGUCUUUGCAGCACUUCCCGUAGACCCAGGAGGAACCAGAGGCCAUGAGACACAGGCUCCUAAAGCCCCACUAGGAUGCCCAGGAAUGGCCACAAGCGCCAGGCGUCUUGCGCGCUUCGUCAAAAGACUGGCACUCCAGAUCUGGGCCCCUGACACCACUGCUGGCACCCCAGCUGUUUGGGAGGGUCUGGGAAGCCCUGAACUUUCACGCAGUGGGGCUUUUAUGGCAACAGCUCUACUGUGGGCUUGGACACCGAACGAACGAGAAGUUCCGGCCUCCACUGUUCCUCUUGUCAAUUUUCCUCACGGAACUACUGAGACCAAGUACAAAAGUCCAAGGGGGCCUCCUGUGAGCAGGUAUCACUCAGAAUCGCAGCCCUUUCCACCCCUCGGCUCUGGAUGGACCUUGAGCCCCGGAGCCGUGUGAGCUUCAUGCAUCCGCAUCCCUCAUCCAUCUCUCGGUACCAGCCCGACGGCAUGCAGCGGCGCAUUUCAACAUGCUGGCUCCAGAGGCCAAGUCAGAGCCAUGGCUGAGCGCGGGAGGCCCCUCCUCGGUGCUGGACACUGGGCACCACCUGCGCUGCCCGCCCCGUGAUAGCCAGGCCACGUGGGGGCUCACACCGAGCUUUAAGUCACAUGAAACCCUCCGGGCAGGUUUCGGACCAGCAAGCUCGAUUCUGCCACGCUGUUCCUGUGUCACUCACCCAUUUUUUGAUCCUAAGAGCAGGACUCUAUUGUUGUCUUAAUUCAAUUGCCUCUAGUCAAAUGCAACCCAAAUACAGCAACUAGGAGGGUCCACCUUCACGGUUCAUCAGACGGGCUCAUGCCAGUCACCUGUGCUUGAGCUGCCCCUCAAAUUUAUAUUUCUCUGCCCUAAUUUUAUACUGUUUAUUUAUGUCUCACCAUAAAUGGGGAUGUGUUCCUUAGAAGCUGCCUCAGAUCUUUUAUGGUUUGAC